AUGGCCCCCGAACAUAGCAAAAACAUUGAUCGCAACGCAGCCUCUACGACGCCGCAUUACACUAUGAAGACCUCUACGAGACCGCAGAUGGGCUCGGCUCAUUCCUCGCACUCUCUACACCACCCUCGCCUCUCGCAGUCUGGCUCUCAAUCACUACGACCCGGCAAUAAAACCACAACACCUAUGACCUCUCCUCGGAUGGCCCAUUCUGUUGGCCAGCCGUUUCCUCCUCCAACGAGCAAAAUGUCGCCAGUCGUAACAAGUGAGGUUCGGCCUCCUUCGAGUCCCAAUUAUUUCGGCUUGGCUGUCGAACCGACCGAGGAGCGUGAUUCUGCGCAGGCACCUCAUAACAACUGGAGUCCGCCGACGUCCUCGGUGAAGUCGUUCGGCGCUGCGAUUCCCAUGCAGAUGCCCUUGGAUGCUAAUCCCGAGUUUGAGGCCUUCAGACGGCAGGCCGACGCCAAUCGGGGCAUGAGUUUCCAGCUGGGUUCUUCGCAUUUUGCGAUGCAACCACCACCUUCGAUCUCUAGACCACCACCGGCCCGCCGUUCAACCAACCAGAGUAGCAAUCCAUUCGAUGCCGCCAUGGCCAGACCAGUCUUGAAUAAAGCAGCCAGCAGUCGAAUGGACAUUGAUACGGACAGUCUUCACGACUCGGCAUACGUUUCAGCCGACUCGAAAAGAAAUUCCGAGGGCUCAUUGAAUCCCCCAUCAUUUUUCGACAUGCCGCAACAUGAAUCCCCACUGCAGACUGAUUCUCCUUUCCAACCCGUUCGGAGAUCUAACCUUUCCAAUGUAGAGGCGGUGCACCCGCAGCUUUCAAUGCCCGCGAAUAGGACACAUUCGCCUCUGAGCAGCACAAAGUCUCGUGCCGAAACCAUGCCAGCGACCCUCGAAGGAGGCCCAGGCUUGAUUACGCCAGCACAGCUCGAAGUAAUCCUUACGACCAAGUCCGAGGAUGAGUACCUACUCUUGGAUGUGCGGGUUUCCACCCAUUAUGCACUGUCUAGAAUCAAGAAUGCGCUCAAUCUAUGCAUUCCCACUACACUCUUGAAAAGGGCCACCUUUGACUUGCAAAAGCUUCAAAAGACUUUGCAAUCUGAGGAAGAUCAGAACAGGUUGGCUCAGUGGCAAGAUGCAAAGUAUCUUAUCAUCUAUGAUAGUUCAUCUGCAGAGAAGCGUGACGCCCACUCUGCCAUGAACAUGUUCAAGAAAUUCUCCAAUGAGGGCUAUGAUGGAAAUUCAUACUUGCUCAAGGGUGGUUUUGAUGCCUUCUCUGCCUCGUUCCCUUCAUUGGUAGACCGACGAACACCAGCUGAGCGGGCAGGUGUUACUGCAGGUGGUAGUGAUGGACGCCCUUCGUUCGCUCCCGUUAUUGGAGGUGUCAUGCUUCCAACAGGAUCAGAUAACCCUAACCCAUUCUUUGGCAAUAUUCGUCAGAACAUGGAUCUUGCAGACGGAGUCGGCCAGAUGGACAUUGCGGUUCCAUCCAAUCUGGAUCAUGAGACACUGCCUGGCUGGCUCCAGAAGGCAACCACAAAGCAAGACCAUGGACACGCUGUUUCCAAGAAAUUUCUGGCCAUUGAGCGCAGCGAGCAAAGCCGGAUGAAAGAAGCAUACACGUCCUUUAAUUCCACGACAGCGCAAAACCCGAACUCUCAAAAGGUGCAGUUAUCGGGUAUCGAGAAGGGCGGCAAGAAUCGAUACAAAGACAUCUUACCUUUUGAGCAUGCUAGGGUUCGGCUAUCGCACAAGUCUGAAGGGGACUGUGAUUACAUCAAUGCUAGCCAUAUCCGAGCUUCCAGGAGCAAUAAGCGCUAUAUCGCCUCACAGGGACCAUUGCCAACCACAUACAAUGAUUUCUGGUCCGUCAUUUGGGACCAGGACGCCCGUGUCAUUGUCAUGUUGACAGCCGAGUCGGAAGGAGGAACUUUGAAGUGUCACCCAUAUUGGAAUGGCCAUGAAUUCGGUGCAAUAAAAUUAAAACCGCUAUCAGAGAAGAAGAUCUCGUUAGACAUUGACAAACAUCGCACAGACUCGAAUGCGUCAACUGGCUCCCCUGAACGCAGUCGCCGUCGCGCGAACACCACCACGACUGUGGAGUCCGCGGCCACCAAUGCUUCAGCCGCAAAGACCUCGACGUCAUCCGAAACGCCAUAUGUCAUCAUUCGCAAGUUUGCCAUGUCUCAUGCGGGUCACCCAUUCGCCCCAAUUCGAGAGAUUACUCAGCUUCAUUAUCCCUCGUGGCCGGACUUUGGGGCACCAGCACAGCCAUCACACCUCCUGGCGUUGGUCGAACUCGCCAACGUUAUGCAGCGAUCAGCUUUGCCGAUUGAUGCUAAUGCCAUCGCGGCCUCUGCGCUCUCUGACAAGGCAGCUCAACUCAACUGGUACGACGAACCAGAGCACCAAACUCAAGCCAGACCCAUGGUAGUCCACUGCUCUGCUGGGUGUGGCCGUACUGGAACUUUCUGCACUGUUGACAGUGUAAUUGACAUGCUCAAGCGGCAGAGAAUGGCCGCUUUGACAUCGGGCAAAAGAGAUAUCGAUGGCGAUAUAGACAUGCAUGAGCCUGUCUCUCCAUCGUCCAAGGCAAGGAAUGUCCCGAGCGGUGGCAGUCGGCGUGGAGUCUUCAAAAUCGGUCUCGACAGAAUGCCAAGCAAUUCCAGCGUAGAAAUUGACUGGCUACGAGAUGACUCCCUCGAUCUUAUCGAGCAAACCGUCGAGGACUUCAGAGGCCAACGACUGAGCAUGGUGCAGAGCCUCAGGCAGUUUGUCCUGUGCUACGAGACGGUCUUGGAAUGGAUCUGGCGUCUACAAGAACGUAGUAACCCUGCAAUGACGACCAGGGCCAGGGCGAGAAGCGGGAGCCUCGAACAGCCGAUGAGGAAAUGA